CGAGCGGGCGGGGGAGGAGGGGAAAGAGUCAGAGACGCCCCGCCCAGUCAGCAAGGUUGCGCGUGCCCCGUGCGGCCGCCAAGAUGGUGGUGGGCGCGUUCCCUAUGGCGAAGCUGAUCUACCUGGGCAUUCGACAGGUCAGCAAACCGCUCGCCAACCGCAUUAAGGAAGCCGCCCGCCGAAGCGAGUUCUUCAAGACGUACAUCUGCCUCCCGCCGGCUCAACUGUACCACUGGGUGGAGAUGCGGACCAAGAUGCGCAUCAUGGGCUUCCGGGGAACGGCCAUCAAGCCGCUGAACGAGGAGGCGGCCGCCGAGCUGGGCGCGGAGCUGCUGGGCGAGGCCACCAUCUUCAUCGUGGGCGGCGGCUGCCUGGUGUUCGAGUACUCGCGCCACCAGGCCAACCAGCGCCACAAGGAGGAGGAGCAGCGCGCCGCCUGGGACGCGCUGCGGGACGAGGUGGGCCACCUGGCGCUGGCGCUCGAGGCGCUGCAGGCGCGGGUGCAGGCGGCGCCUUCGCAGGGCGCCCUGGAGGAGCUGCGGGCGCAGCUGCAGGAGGUCCGCACCCCGGACCCGCCGCCCGCGCCCCAGGCAGGGCCAGCGCCAGGGAAAUAGGCGGUGGGAGCCUGGACGUGGGCGUGGCCGUGGGGGCCCCGACAUGGCCGUCUCCCCGCACUGUCCCUGACUGCACUGGCCCAGCCAGACCGCCGGGAUCUUGGAUUGGGGCUGAGCCAAUUUUGCAUUUGGUCAACUCCCUACUGACGAGACCAGUGGUACCUGCCACCGGGACCCUUCUCCCAGCCGGCAGAAUGGUCCAACGUGGCCCUUCCAGCCUCCAGCUAAUGGUACAGGCCUUGGUGCUCUUUGUCCCCACCCCCACCCCACGCAGACCCUCAGGGUCCCGGCCAGCAGGAACUCGCGCUCUCUCUAAUGGCAGAAGAAAAACCCGAACUGGGCUUGAGCUGUAUCAACCUGUCAUUGUGUUGCCACACCCCCGUGUACCUGGUGGGGUUAUGGGGUUACCUUUUCCUAGGACACACAUCCGCCUCUUUUGUCCGUGGGUGGGGAUGGUUGCGAGGCCAUGUGGUGCCUGUCAUCAACUUCCUUCCUUGGGAAGUCGGCUUUGGCUGGGCCGUCACCCUCUCUGCUUGAGGGGGAAAAGGAUCCUGACCUGUGGUAUAUCCACCCACUCUUUGUAUCUCUCCCUUAACCCGACCGUGGUACUUUCAGUGGAACGGCUACAGGGUCUUCCAGCUUGAACCUACCCCUCCCAGAUACCCUUCCAUGACCUCUCCCAGGACAUGUCCCUUGGGGUGGAGAAAUGCUCCUCACUGAGCUGUGGAGGUUCAUGCAUCCUGCUUUUGAGUCUAGCCUUUUCUACCUGUCCCACCGUCCCUGCACCUUGUGCUGUCUGUCCUGUCCUUUCCCCGACUGGCCUCUUAAAUGGCCUCUUUCAGGGGCCUCCCGGGCACACCCUACAACAUGGAUUAGAUUGUUGCAUCCCCGUAUCUGCCAUCCAGAUCUGUCACUAUGUGCCGUCACCUUCCUCUCCUCAGGGCUCCAACCUGGCCCAGGCCCCCCUUUCCUGCCCUCCCGACCCCGAGUCCCUCCCCAUCCCGAGUCCCUCCCCAUCCCACUGGAAUACCCCCCGGUGGCUCUUGCCUUGGGCUGCUGAAACAUGUCACUACCAAUUUGAUGGAUAAAACAACAUGGAUUCUCUCAUAGUCCUGGAGGCCGGAAGUCCAAAAUCAAAGUGUCUGAAGGGCCCUGCGCCUCCUGAAGACCUAAGGGGAGAAUCCCUCUUGCCUCUUCCUGCUUCUUGGGGCUCCAGGUGUUCACAAGCUCACGUGGGUGCGUCACUCCUGUCUCUCCGUGUGUCUCUGUCACCAUCUCCCUCUGCCUCUUUCUUAGCAGGAAACCUGUCAUGGGGUUCAGGGCCCACUCUACACCAGGAAGGUCUCCUUUGAGAGCCUCAACUUAAUCAUACCUGCAAAGACCCUUUUCCCAAAUAAGGUCAUGCACACAGGUUCUGAGGAUUAGGUGGGGGGACUGCCAUUAACCCACUACACUUCCUCACCCCAGCAAUACUCUGAGGCCUUCAGGAAGGACCCCUGCCCCUGCCAAGCCCGGGACCUCCAGACCCUCCCCCAGGGUCUGCCCCUCUACCACUGGCUCCCUCCCAGGACUCCCCACUGCAGCCGGGAGGGCUUCAGGCCCACCGGUCUGGAUGCUGUUCCUAAUGUUUCCCAUAAGGGAGCCCAGGUAGAAGUUAUUUUAAGGUUGUGUGUGAGAACCAUGAUAUGCUUCUCCAAAAUGGGUAUAAGGCUCAUUAAAACUGGGAGAGAAGCUGGGAGGGUUCUUGGGCAGGAGCUGAAUGCAUCCUCCAAACCUGGGUGACACAGAGGGAUCUGCCCGAGGCCAUUAGCAGAUGAGGGACCACCCUGGGCCCCUCCAGGGUGGUGAAGUAGGGGCACGGUGAGGGGCACAGAGGAAGGCCAGGAGGGGCCCCAGCUUAUCCUGGGUGCAGGGUGCCUCAAGAUCCAGAGGGUGCUGGUGCCGGGUGACGAGGUGGAGGAGGAAAGGCAGGUUGUUGGUAGGGGACACUUAUCCACACAGAGGCCCAGGGCAUCGGGGAGACGGAACUGAGAGAUGGGGCACCUCAGUCGCCUAUCAGAGUGGCCCCAGAUUGCACCCCAGAGCUUAGCAUUUCAUAAACCAGAUAGACCCCAGAGCUUAGCAUUUCAUAAACCAGAUAGACCAUUGCACGAGAGCCUAUUUCCAAGACGCUACCGGUGAAGGUGAGAGGAGUGGGUUUCCCCCUCUUUCUUCUGCCCUCACUUCACUUUCCUGGGGUAGGGAGGGGGUUAAAAAUGAUCUGAAGUGCCAGUCCUACCCAAAUGGAAAACCCAGAAACUGGGGAGAUGAAAGAGCAUCUGAAUGCACUCUAGAGAGGGGGAGAAGCUGGAGUUGAGGGAGCUGUGGAGGUGGAUCCCGGGUGGGGGUGUCUUUAGAAUUGGGAAUGACCUGAGUGUGUUAAAUGAUGACAGGGAGCCAGGUGAGUGGGCGGUGCCUGGUUCCCAUAGUUACCCUGUCCCUCCAGGCCAGGGACUAUGACUCCUUCCCCUUCCAGUCACCUCAAUAAAUAGCAGUCACACCCAGAACAGCUCCUGUUUAUGGAGCCCUGGUAGGUUCCAGACACUGUUCUAAGUGCUCUAAGUAAUCCCUACAACAUUAUUUUCUCCCUUUCAUUGAUGAAGAAACUGAGGCACAGAGAGGGAGAGUCACUUGCCCCAGGUCACACAGGCAGGAACGAGGCUGAGGUAGGAUGGGAAGGCUGGCAGUCUGCACAGGAGCACACACUGCGAAACGCUGUGCUCACAUCCCCGAGACUUUAUUAAAGCUGACCUUGGAUGUGUCCCUCAAUGUGGUCAGGCCUUGUUGGAUAGUUGCCAGCGCCACCCACUGAGGGGGGAGGGAGAAGGGAAUCUGCGUGGACAUGAAACGAUUUACCUCAAAACGCUCAAAGCAAGAGGAUGGCUCAUUGCUCUGGUUUCACACUCGCUAAAUUUUUGUACACAUUUGUAAUUUGGAGAGAGAGAUUAGAAUAAAUUUGUAAACGAA